UCUGCAUGUGAUGAAGAAUAGGCAGACGCGCGCGAUCUAGUCGUUUCUCAACCAAAGUGGCCGUUUCGAACACGGCCUUAAUCGAUUGUCAACUUAUGAGAGGGCGCCCUAUCAUACCACCGUUAAUUAUUUUGUUACAACUUAGCCGAUUGUCAACUAAUGAGGGCGCCCUAUCAUACACCGUUAAUUAAUUUUGUGAGCAGACGACCGAGCAGACGACCGAUUUACCGCGCUCGCACAAUUUCUGGUGUCAAAUUAGGGUCAAGGUUUUAGUGAAAGUUUUACCGGCGUUCCUUCCUUCCUCUUGAAAACGAACUAGAAAUAUGGCGAAAUCACCAGCAAGUGGGAAAGAAGAGAUGAAGAAUGGCGGUAAAACUGACUUUCUGUAUGCUGACCCUAACAACUCCAAACUUGGGAGAAGGUUGGCCUAUGUGCUAAGAUAUGGAGCAGUUAAAGAGGGACUGAAAGUAACAGAGAAGGGUUUUGUAAAGCUCUCUGACAUGAUGAUGGUUCCACUUUUCUCAGUGUACACCAAGGAAACAUUGAUUUCAGAAUUUGAAAAGUCCACCUCAGAGCGAGGCAAAAGGCGAUAUGAAGUGGAGACAAGGAAGGGAGAGGUCUUUGUCAGGUCUAUAUUCGGCCAACAGUUUGAGCGGCUUCCAUACCAUGAGAACACUAAGGUUCUGAGACUACUAGAGAUAUGUUUGCAGACGGUGGCAACUAACAUCACCAACUACAGCUUAGAUGGAUUCCCUGAUGACUUCUUAAUAGGAGACAUCUUGCAUCGAUUAAAGAGAAAUAAGAAACUAAACAAUACAACAUUGGAGUGUAUCCUGAGUUCUGAGAUGCAGAAACUUGACUUGAGUGAUACUUAUCUAACUACAGGCUCCUUAAAGAUGAUCAUGAAGACUUGUCCAAAUCUCAGGAUUCUUAAUCUUAAAUACUGUGGUUAUCUUCUAAACGAUGAACUUCUUAUGAGACUCAUGAAGAAACUGCCAUAUCUUAAGGACCUGAAUGUAUGUAAAUGCACUCACCUAACCAGCAUGUCUCUACGCAACAUGGCCAAGCAUCUACCAAGUAUACAAGUCUUAAAUAUUGCCCAGAUUAAGAACUUCAAAGAAGAGGAUAUUCUUAAGUUUCUGGUGGAUUGUACUGAGUUGAGAUAUCUGGCUAUCUAUCAGUGCAGUCUGCCACUAACAGAGGAUUUCUGCAAUAAAGUGGAUGAAAUCUGUCAGAGCAGACCGAAGCUUAAGGUUGUCAAAACAUGACACCCCCACGAUUAAAAUCAGUGGACACUAUUGGUAAUUACUCAAAAUAAUUAUUAGCACAAUAACUUACUUGGUUAUGAGUAAU